AUGACCGAGAAACUCGACCUGAACUCAACACACAAUAUUCCGAAGUUCUAUCUGGAUGGAGAUAUCUAUCCGUUCGCGUGGGACCGCGCCACGGCCACCGAACCGUUUGAUACCAGUGGUUUGCCGUCGGCUGAUUAUGCCUUAUACCUGUUCAAUAUUGUCAAGUUCCACCUGGGCCAGAUGUACCGAUUCUUUGACGAAAAUACCUUUGUUUCUCAGAUGCAUGAAUUCUACGCGAGCGAUGCGGUUGAAAAGGCCAGCAAACCUCGUUUCUGGUUCCUACAAUUUCUGCUGGUCCUUGCACUUGGAAAUGCGUUCGUGUCGCGGCCUCGAAGCCACUCCAGCCCACCGGGCGCCAAGUUCUUUGCGCGUGCGAUGUCCAUCAUGCCCAAUCAUACCUCUACAGGAAAAGAUAGUCUGUUGGCCAUCGAAGCCUUGGCCCUGGCCGGGUUGUAUCUGUAUGCAAUAGACCACAGAGAGGCGGCUCACGUAUACGUCGGUCAUGCGGUACGCAUAGCACACAUGGAGGGUUUACACACCCAGCUUCCGGAAACAGAACUAGGUACUGCAACGGUAGCCCGAUGCCGAAACCUGUGGUGGACCUUGUACAUCAUGGACAGACAUGUCUCCUCGUCGCUGGGACUCCCGAUGACGACCAAGGACAGCGACAUCAGCACUCUGAUCAACACCCCGAGCAUGGAUUUCCAUGACAUCACAUUUAGCCUACAAGUGAGGCUGUCGCAAAUGCUGUCCUUUAUUUUAAGCACCAUCUAUAAGACGGAGAAGACCCAGCUCGGAAGGUUUCUAGAGAUUACGAGAAACAUUUUGCACGCCAUGGCUAAACAUGCUGAGGAGAUUGAGAAGAUGAUGCAGAUUAGCUUCCAGAGCUCCAUGGAUAACGUGCCUCAGGAGAUGCGUCAUAUAAUCUUACUAUACCAUGAGUGCGUGAUCGUCGCCACCAGGCCUCUGCUCUUGUCCGUUCUGAAGGAACGGCUAGAGAAGUUAGGGCGUGCAGAGGAAGACUGGCAAAAGUUUUUAGCCCUCCCCAAAUCCUUGAUAUCCAUUGGGAUCAAGUCUGCCGAAAAGACGCUUCAGAUAUUGUCGGACGAAAAUGGCCACCUCGAAACUUUCCUUCCAUUUGAUCUCGAAUUUACAUACGCAGCUGCUCUACAUCUGACCAUGGCGAACACGCUCUACCCACCCGGCACCAACGAUGACACGUAUAAGGUUCGAAAGGAUGAGUUGCGCUGCAUCGAGGGGCUAUUCCAAGAGUUCGCCAAACGAGUACAGCAGGAAGGCCUGCAAGUUCUCACUUUGUCUGGUCGGGGACUUGUGGAGGCUGGACCAGACGAAAAUCCUAGUCAAGAAUGCCGGGGACAAACGCCCGCGACAGAGCCUCCAACCUUCACAGAGUCAUCGGCCCAGUCACCAUCCGUAAAUCAGUCUCUGACGGCCAGCGUCGAUCCCCUCGACAAUGUGAUCGGCAUAUCAUCCUAUGAAUUCCUCUCUAUUGUGGAUCAGAUCGGCGGCUCUGAAAUGCCCUACGUCUUGAACGUAGGCCCGGACUGGAUGGACGGCGGUGCUGUCACAUAUCCGUUUGGGUGA